GGAUGCGCACCGGGCACCUCUCGCUUCCUGCCAAGUUUCGGGUCUGAGCAGGAGUCUAGCGCUGCCCCGGGGCGCCGAGGCAGGAGGACCCAGUCGACCCGGAGCAGGAUGCCGGUGAUGAGAGGGCUGCUGGCCCCGCAAAACACCUUCCUGGACACCAUCGCCACCCGCUUCGAUGGCACCCACAGCAACUUCGUUUUGGGAAAUGCCCAGGUGCAGUCGCUCUACCCCAUCGUCUACUGCUCCGACGGGUUCUGUGAGCUCACAGGUUACGCCCGUGCCGAGCUCAUGCAGAAGAGCUGCGCUUGUCACUUCCUGUAUGGCCUGGAAACGAGUGACCAGUUAACGGCCCAGAUCCAAGGAGCCCUGGAUGACAGGAGGGAGUUCAAGACCGAGUUGGUGUUCUACAAGAAGGAAGGUACACAGUUCUGGUGUCUUCUGGACAUUGUACCCAUUAAAAAUGAAAAGGGUGAGGUGGUUUUGUUCCUUGUGUCCCACAAAGACAUCACCGACAAGAAGAAGGACCAGGAUCCUGAACAAGGACCUGACACAGGUGAGACGAGAUUCAACGCCAACCGGCGCCGCAGCAGAGCUGUUCUCUAUCACCUGUCAGGACACCUGCAGAAACAAGACAAGAGCAAGCUCAAGAUCAACAAUAACAUGUUCGGGGAGAAGCCUCCGAUCCCAGAGUACAAGGUAGCAGCCAUUCAGAAAUCCCGCUUCAUACUGCUCCACUACGGAACCUUCAAGGCCGGCUGGGAUUGGCUGAUCCUGCUGGCGACCUUCUACGUGGCCGUCACCGUGCCCUACAACGUAUGCUUCACGGUGGUGGGAGGGCGGGAUGAAGGGAGCAGUGCCCCGCGGAGCCCGCCCAGCGUUAGUGACAUCCUCGUAGAGAUCCUGUUUAUUUUGGACAUACUGCUGAACUUUCGAACUACUUUUGUGAGCACGUCGGGUCAGGUAGUGUACGAUGCCCGCUCCAUCUGUGUUCACUACGUCACCACCUGGCUCUUUGUCGAUCUCAUUGCCGCCCUGCCCUUUGACCUGCUGUAUGCUUUCAACGUCAGCGUGGUGAGUCUCCUCUGUGCUACUUUGGGUGUCCACCUGCUGAAGACGGUUCGGCUGCUCCGGUUACUGCGGCUGCUGCAGAAGCUGGAGCGAUACUCCAAGUACAGCGCUGUGGUUCUUACUCUGCUCAUGUCCAUGUUCGCCUUGCUGGCUCACUGGAUGGCCUGCGUCUGGUACUUCAUUGGCCGCAAGGAGAUCGAAAGUCCUGGAUCCUGGGAUAUUGGUUACACACAGGAGCUUGGUUGUAAACUGGAAAUCCCACAUACUGAUGGUGUCGUGGGUGACCCUGCCUGAAGAGCAGUCAUCCUAAAGUAAUGUUAUUACUUCCUGCUGUGCAAAAGCAUUAUAGGAUUUUCCUGAGUGCCAUUCUAGAUGAAAAGCCAAUCAAAUAUAACGUAUAUAUGUAAUUCAAUUUUAUCAACCUUACCUCUGUCUUCAGCACUGAUGCAUGCAGUGGUGUUUGGUAACGUGACGGCGAUCAUCCAGAGGAUGUACUCACGCCGCUCGCUCUACCACACACGCACCAAGGACCUAAAGGACUUCAUCAGGGUCCACCGGCUGCCCAAGGCGUUGGAGCAGCGCAUGCUGGAGUGUUUCCAGACCACGUGGUCGGUCAACAACGGGAUAGACGUUAACGAGCUCCUGAAGGACUUCCCAGACGAGCUGAGGGCCGACAUCGCCAUGCACCUGAACAAGGAGCUGCUCCAGCUCCCCCUGUUCGAGUCGGCCAGUAGGGGCUGCCUGCGCUCCCUGUCCCUCAUUAUUAAGACCUCCUUCUGCGCUCCGGGCGAGUUCCUCAUCCGGCAGGGAGACGCCCUGCAGGCCAUCUACUUCGUCUGCUCGGGCUCCAUGGAGGUCCUGAAAGACAACACUGUGCUGGCCAUACUUGGUAAAGGAGACCUGAUUGGUUCGGACUCCCUGACGAAGGAGCAGGUGAUCAAGACCAACGCCAACGUCAAGGCCCUGACCUACUGCGACCUGCAGUACAUCAGCCUCAAGGGCCUCCGUGAAGUCCUGCGACUCUACCCCGAGUACGCCCAGAAGUUCAUCAGCGAGAUACAGCAUGACCUCACGUACAAUCUGCGAGAGGGCCACGGGGCUGAUGUGGACUGGGAAAGCAACGGCGGCCUGGUGAAGAAGCUGCCGUCCAUCCGUGAGGACGAGGAGGGCGACGAGGAGCAGAACUCUGUGUCCCGUGCACCUCGCUCCCCGCUGCGUCUCAGCAGGGGCCUCAACUCGCCCCUGCGCUCCCCUCUUCUGCCGCCCAGGCCGUUCCGCGCUCCCUCUGAGCACCCCCGGCCGACCACCCUGCAAAUACCAGUAGUCAGCUUCAGCAGCGCGCCGCCUGAGCUCAGCCCCAGGUUCGUGGACGGCAUCGAAACAGAGAGCAAUUCCACCUCAUCGCAGAAGUUCGAGUUCAGUCCCAGCCUGUCACCUACAGUGCCCCCCUCCCCAUACCCAGGGCUCCGGGAGCACUCUGAGAUCAAGCACAGUGUGUCUAAAUUGACUGAGGAGAUGAACGGUCUCUCCAAACAAGUGUCCAAGCUCAGUCAGGAGCUGCAGGAAAUGACACGCCUGCUCAAGCCCCUCCUCCAAAUAGCAUCGCCACCAAUCCUGACCACCAUGAUGCCAAAUCUGACCCCACCCCCAAGCAGUGCCAGCCAGCUCUCAACAAGCUCCUGUCUCGUGUUGCCCCCCCCUGCCACAUCCUGUCCCCUGCAGAGACCUGACACUCAUUCACUGUUGGACAGUGGAGACAUAGAGGGUGUGGAUUUGCCAGGAUGCCUUCUCCCGACUCCUCAUUCACCAAAAAGGCCUAAUUCAUCAUCUUCAGCAUCGCCACAGACCCCGCCGGGGGGCAACUUCAAGGCCCACGUCCGGUCCAACCUCCCGUCGCCCGAGGAAGGACUUCCUGAGGGAUCCCCGGUCCUCCAAAGCCUCCACGCAUCCUCCAGCAACGGGAUAUUUUUGCCCUCGCUGCAGGACCAGCCCCCCCUGGCCUCUCACACCCCUUCACCUUCCCUCUCAUUCUCCAUGUCCCUCUCCUCCUCGCCGUCCCUCUCCCCCUGCCAGGGCCCCCACCUGUCCCGACCCGGCAGCUGUGCCAGCAGAGGCCUGCUUCCCCCGCCUCCCUCCCAGGACACCCCUCCUCCUCCGUCCUCCCACUGCUCUGCUCCCCCGUCGCUCACGUCCUCCCUCGGAGACCUUCAGCUGAGGGCUUCCCCUUCCGUCCCCCUUGUGUCCCCAGCAGUCUCUCUCCACCCCUCCACCCACUCCCUGCCCUUGUCUCUGGACUUUGUUAGUGAUCGCAGAGGGCAGGGAGACACCCACACUCCACCAUGGUGUAAGUCGCAGCUGCGCUACCGGGAGGCCAGACCUGUCUCUCACCCCCAGGAGCUGGAGAUGCAGGAGUGGGGACGGCAGGUGGACGAGGGGAAGACCUCCACAGAGCACAUCAGCUUCAUCGAUGAAGAGGAGCCACCGUUAUGAAGAAGGGAUGACAGAGUAGCAGAGAACGAAAGGGACAGAAAAACAAGACCAGAUCAGGGUUAGUGACUGCUGGAUCACAGAAUGAUAACCAGUGGGAAACCAGUUCACACAGGAAGUGAUUUGUCAGGCAGGAAAUGCUAAAAGGACAGACAGGUACAGAAACACAACGCCAGCUGUCAGCACAUCAGCGUGAAGGAGUACUUUCCUUCACACAACUACAACAGCACAAAUUGUCUUACAGUCUGAACACUUCAGUAGCAUCAGUCGCUCCCUGCAGCGACUGGGACACACAGGACCAGAGCACAUCUUUUAAACCGGUUCCAUAGAUCUCUGCAGCCAAAUUUAGCUCUUUCCAGCUAACCAAACACACAAUAUUGCUUUUUAAACCCAGCUACGGAUGUCUCUGUAAAGGGCAGGUACAAGCACACACAUAUCUCAGCGAGAAACAUGUCUUUACCCAAGCCAGAUAAUCCGAGCCACCGCACUGGGACCGGGAAUGUAAACUGUCUCAGUGACAUCAGGGUCACCUCACCUGGAAAGCCAGCUUGCGUCAUCAAUGAGAAUUAUUUUUUAAAGAGAUAAGGUUAUCUGCCUCUGGGCUGGUCAGAGGUAAACACUCAGCUGACAUCCAACCAUCUCUUCACAUACACGGCCAUCACAUCAAAAAAACCCUUGGAAUUGGUUUUAACUUCCAACAGAAAUGUCCACAUUUUCUCUUUGAAGUGCACAGUCUAGUCAGCAGAUGUAAAGGAGCAGAAAGGCUUCUGUUUGAGUGUGGACCUAAUGGUACGUGUCCACAAAACACUUCUGGAUCUCUUAUAGUCCUAUUGACCCAGAAAAGUCAUGCAAACACUUCCUGGCUGCACCUCAUUGGACGAAUGCUUUCUGCUCUGGCAUUUCAAACAGGACCUACCAUAGGCCAUAUAUAAUUAGUGAAGCCAUUGCAGAGGUUUCUUAAGUCUGCAUUCUCUCUAAUGGCCAGCAGGGGGCAGCUCCAUUGGUUGCAAAAGAAGUCAAAAGAUAGUAUUGAGUUAUGGAGAAGUGAGCCUACAGCUCACUUGAUUUCUGAGCUCAGUAAACAGUUUCCUGAGGGGUUUAAUCCAGUCUC